AUGCGUUUGAUAAAUGUGUCCGUCGACAGCCUGGUAGUUGAGUCAGGUUUCGACAAAACAGUGAGCAACCUCACCUAUGAAGUCAGUAGGUGGAAAGAUCAAUUUGAAAGACAGUCGUCCCAGUUACCGCCUUAUGCAAUUCUCUCACACCGAUGGGUGGGCGAAGAGGUCGUUUAUCCCGACUUGAAGCUGGUCUCCAAGUCUCAACUCCAAGCUCCUGGCCCCACGAAUCCCGUGCCCAAGACAGCCGCGGGCGCCGAUGAGAAUGUCGGACCAGACACCGUGGCAUCGGUGUACAAGAUCGCCGGCGCUUGUGAGACGGUCCGAGCCAUGAACCCAGAGAUAAAUCACAUUUGGAUAGAUACCGUCUGUAUCAACAAACAGGACAUCCGCGAGCUCUCAGCGGCCAUGAACUCCAUGUUCAAAUGGUACCAAAACUCGGAAGUCUGCUAUGUCUACCUGUUUGACGUCACGUGGAAUGCUGCCGAAGACCCGGUCGGCAGCCACGAACAAUUUCGUACUUCCCAGUGGUUUGAACGUGGCUGGACGCUGCAAGAGCUUCUCGCACCGAGGCAGGUCUGGUUCUUUGACCGCGAUUGGCGCUAUAUGGGGACAAAGGAGGAGCUGGCCGAUGAUAUCACGCAGGCGACAGGUAUCUCGCAUGAACACCUGCUCCGCGACUUUCGCACUGCCAGCACGGCGCAGAAGAUGGGCUGGCUCGCUCGCCGGAGAACAACUUACCCCGAGGAUAUCUCGUACUGCGCACUCGGGCUUUUUAAUGUCUUUCUCGACCCGCGCUAUGGGCUUGGGGGCGAGAAAGAGUUCUUACGUCUACAACGCGAGAUUUUUAUCGCCGGGACGGCCGUCGGCGCCCAACUCGACGAGUCACUAUUCGCGUGGACGGCUCACACUAUUAAAAGCAGCGGUUUGUUAGCGCCGCCGCCUUUGUGUUUCCUCCACGCGGGCGACGUGCUGUUCGAGCCAGGCCUCGUCAAGUCGCGUCAGGAUUACCAGGCGCCGCCAUGGCGCGGAAUCGAUAUGGACGAAUUCGGAAACAUCGAAAUCCGAGUUCCAUGGCGACCAUUCAAGAGAUUUAGAGCGGCAAUGGUAAUAUUCGGUCUUGCCGUAUUUAUUGUCACGGCGGGUUUGGCCUCUGUCGCAUAUCAAAACUUCCACUCUUCAAAACGGCGCACCAAAAACAUGCACCUAAUCAACUUGAAUUGCUGGACGAGGGGCCCUGACGGGCGAUUACGGACAGCGGAUCACGGCUGUACAGAAUCAAGACAAAACAUGGCGUCGCAUAGAGUGUGA